AUGAGUUCUACCUCAGACUCUCCCGAGCCAACUCCCUCCGAUCCACUUCCUCUACGCAGCUGCACCUACUGCCGCUACCGGAAAGUGAAAUGUGAUCGCCAGAAGCCCUGCUCUCACUGCCUACGCGCCAAACGCAAUUGCUCAUAUCCCGCUGGUCGCGGUAGAGCUGCCAAGAAGUCUACUCGAACGCUGGAUACCCGUCUCGUCGAUCGGCUCCAGAGAUUGGAAAACAUCAUCAAGGAACUCACAAGCCAGGUCGAGGCCACAACUGAUGCCGCCCCAUCUGGAAAUAAUACAGAUGUAGAAGAAAUUGAACCGCAUCGGGGUGUCGUAGGGAACUCCCUGUUGGGAGAAGAUGGCGCUGCUCAUGAUGCUUCCACCAGCCAGCAACUUGGUCGCCUCAUGAUAGAUGAUAGCAAGAGCUACUACGUUAGUAACAUUUUGUGGGCCAAUCUAGGAAAUGAGAUCGAAGAAUUGCGCGACAUGCUACACGACUCUCUGUCUGAAGAUGAUGCUAACAACCCUACUGAUGCAUCUGGACCCAUGCCGGAGUUGGCAUCAUCCAUUGGAACAAGUGCUUCGGUCUUUGGGUUUCGUUCCCUCUGUCAUUCCCUUCUAAACUACCAUCCACCUAUGCACCUAUCAGUCACUCUCUUGAACAUCUUUAUUGAGAAUGUCCUUCCACUGGUGCAUAUUUUUCAUAUGUUAACCACAGAGCAGUGGUUCUGGGAUUCCAUCGUGUCAUUAGAGGCACUCGAUAGAAAUGCAGAAGCCUUGCUCUUUGCCAUCUACUACUCCUCUAUCAUCAGCAUGGAUGAAGGCCAGUGCGUAAGCGUCCUCGGGGAGUUACGUUCUACCUCGCUCAAUAAGUUCCGCUUUGCAGUCGAGCAAUCCAUGGCCCGUGCCAACUUGCUAAACACACAAAGCCUUGUCCUCCUCCAAGCCGCUGUGUUGUUCCUAUCGGGCCUACGGAACGAAGACGACUCUAGAACGACAUGGUCUUUAACAUCACUUAUAUUUCACAUCGCCCAAGCUAUGGGUCUGCAUCGUGACGGAACAACUUUUGGUCUCAAACCACUUGAUACCGAACUCAGGCGGCGGCUCUGGUGGCAUAUCUGUCUACUAGACAUGCGCUCCUCUGAGUUUCACGGAUACGAGCCUAUAGUACGGGGCGACAUGUUUGACACAAAGCUUCCGCUCAACAUCAACGACAGUGACAUCACCCCUCAUAUGAAAGAAGCUCCUAAAGAGCAUGAAGGAUAUACUCAGAUGACGUUCUGUCUAAUACGAUGCGAGAUGACGAAAGCUGGCUGGAAGGUUGGAUAUGCAUCACCGAUUCCAGGCUCGCCAGCGACUGCAGCACAAGCUGAUGGUGAACUAAUUGUUCAAGAACUCAAGGCCCGAUUGGAGGAACGGUAUCUACGUUACUGUGAUGAAUCCGUACCGUUCAUGCUCUUUACAACGAAGGUCGCCCGACUCAUCGUUGCCCGCACGGGGCUGAUGGUUGACUUUCCAAGGAAGCAAAAGGAAGCAUACACUUCGGCGAUCAUUCGAGACCGACUGUUUUCCAUCUCUAUGGAAGUACUUGAACUUUCAAGUUUUAUCAUGACAAACAGCAGUAUCUCAAAGUGGACGUGGCACUCCAAAGCUCAUAUCCAGUGGCACGCAGUCAUAUUUGUACUCUCUGAGAUUUGUUCUCGUCCAGCGUCUGCAGAAUGUGAUCGGGCAUGGGAGUUUAUCAACACGGUCCAUAAUCGAUGGAAUAUGAAUGAAAGGGGCAAGAGGGGGAAUCUUUGGAGGCCGAUUCAGCGACUCAUGGUUAAGGCUCGCUAUGUACGCGAGAUGCAGCAGCUGGAUCCGGGGUUUCAUCUUGCUAGAAGAAUGGCUACACUGGAUACGACGCCCGCGCAGGCUGGAAGCUCUGAAAUGCAGCAGGAAACACCAGACCCAUACAACAUUCCUGACAUGGCGAGUCCGAAUGGGUAUAUGGAUUGGAUGCUUGGAGAUCUCGGGAUAGACUUGUACGGUGGAAUGGCGAACGGACCCAGCUGUGGCUAG